ACCCGCAAGUCGCAAGGCAUCACGAAUGGAAGCUGUGUUGCGGAGCUUCAAGUAACCGAACCCCGUACCGACUUCGAGCACAUCUCAUGGCAGGCCACGCGCGACAUACAUGAUUUUGCGUGUCCCUGCGCUCAUCUACUUCCCGCUCUAGACAGUGCAGGAUCAGACAGAGAGCUGCCCCUCGUUACCACUUUCGAGUCGACCAAAGUCGCCGAGUUCCCGACGCCAUAGCAGCCCUAAACCCGUCAUAUUAGCCCAAGAUGCCGAUCCGGAGCUAUAAACAUGUCUACAAGAAUAUCCAUGCGAUCCGUGGCGGGAAGCCCCAGCUUGGCGAUCUUUACCUUCAAGACUACCACCUGAUAUUCUGCUUCCAAACAAGCCCCAACGGCUCAGAGGAAUCCGGUGCACCGGCAAAGGAACGGCAAGGCUGGACUGCAUUCCAGAUCAUAUCCCACUGUACUCUGCGCCCAUCUCCGCCUUCCAGCGGAAUCCCUUCUUCGAUCCGCAUCCGCUGCCGGGAUUUCACCUUUGUGGCCUUUAACUUUGCCGACGUCAAGCAGGCUCGUGAUGCCUUUGACUUCAUUCGAAGCCGUACGUGCAGGUUGGCAGGCAUAGAUAAGCUCUAUGCUUUCAAAUAUGAGCCCCAACCACCAGAGAAGGCUGUUAAAGGGUGGGACUUUUACGAUGCGAAAGCCGAAUUCCGACGUCAGGGGAUAAGUGAGAAGUCUGCGGACCGAGGUUGGCGAAUAUCUGCCAUCAACAAUGACUACACCUUCUCUCCGACCUACCCGGCGCUGCUGGUGGUCCCGUCCAAAAUAUCCGAUAACACCCUCAAGUACGCCGGGGAGUUUCGUUCCCGAACUCGUAUACCCGUCCUAACCUACUUCCACCCCGUGAACAACUGUACCAUCACUCGGAGCUCACAGCCCCUUGUUGGGAUAAGAUUCAAACGGAGUAUCCAAGAUGAGCGACUCGUCAGCGCAUGCUUCUCUGCUUCAACCGACUUCCCCGGCACAUCUCCAAGCCCCACAGGCCUAGAACAGAGCCCGUCCACCAGCCAAGUGGACCUGCCAGAGCCUAUGGAACCCGAGCUGUCGGAUAUGGAGAGGCUCGAGGACGAAUUCAUCGCCGAGGCCAACGUGAUGUAUGAUGAGAAAACAGGAAAGCGGCUGGUAUACGGGGCACAGCAAAAUAAUUUGAUCGUCGAUGCUCGGCCUGCAAUCAACUCGCUUGCGAUGCAGGCUGUGGGAAAGGGCUCUGAAAAUAUGGAUUACUACAAGUGUGCGAAGAGGGUGUUCUUGAAUAUAGACAACAUACACGUCAUGAGGGAUUCUCUCAACAAGGUCAUCGAUGCGAUCAAGGACGCCGACGUCUCCCCGUUUCCCCCGAAUCAAGAACUACUUGCCAAGAGUAGCUGGCUGAGGCACAUAACGGCAAUCCUGGAUGGCUCCGCCAUCAUCGCGAGACAGGUCGGAAUUCAACACUCUCACGUUCUCAUCCACUGCUCGGACGGUUGGGACAGGACAAGUCAGCUUAGUGCCUUGUCACAGCUCAUGCUAGACCCUUAUUACCGCACCAUUGAGGGAUUCAUCGUCCUCGUUGAGAAGGAUUGGCUCUCGUUUGGGCAUAUGUUCCAACUGCGAUCCGGCUACUUGAGUCACGAGAAAUGGUUCUCCACGCAAAACGAUGCCCUUGCCGGCUCGACUAUCCAGCCUGGCGAAAACGACGGCAGGAAUGACGCUCUCGAGAGCGCGUUGGCCAGCGCAAAGCGCUUCUUCAACAAAGGUCUGAAUCAGGGCGACAGGGAGGACUCGUCGGGCCUCGACACCGAUGCCGCGGAUGAACCGAAGAGAGCGCCGAGCCCGGUUCCAAAAGACCAGGCCACGCAGCUCCGAGACAUCUCACCCGUAUUCCAGCAAUUCCUCGACGCGACCUACCAACUGCUCCGGCAACACCCAACGCGUUUUGAGUUCAACGAGCGCUUUCUCCGCCGCUUGCUCUACCACCUUUACUCGUGUCAGUAUGGCACCUUUCUAUAUAAUAGCGAAUACCAGCGCAGAGAAGCCAAUCUUCGUGACCGCACCUCGUCGGUCUGGGACUACUUCUUAUCCCGCAGGAAAGAGUUCACCAACGAGGAUUACGACCCCACCGUCGACGACCAUAUCAAGGGCCGUGAGCGCCUCGUCUUCCCGCGCUUCGGGGAGGUCCGCUGGUGGUACCAAGCCUUCAACCGCUCCGACGACGAGAUGAACAGUGCGCUGAACGCCAGUGCUUUAGCCGCGGAGCGCGUCGCGACCUAUCAACACCGCAGCGAGGAUCAAGCGGCUAGCAGCAGCACUCCGCCAGCCGAUAUGUCUUUCGACAGGGGGAGCAGCGUCGGCAGCUAUCCGGGCACCCCCCGGCUCGGUGCCGCCGCGGGGGCAAGGGGCCUCAGCCGGAGUCCGCAGCCUCUGAGCUUGCCUACUAGCAAAUCAGUGCUGACGGGGGUGGAGGCCGCGCACGUUAUGCUGACAGCUGAUGCGGGGGUAGACCCGCCGCCGCUGAAUCGGAGUGCAAGUACUGGAGAUGUUUCGGGGGGGGGGACAUUCGCAGCGCUGCGGGAUGGGAUCGCAGGCCUGGGGAUAGGGAAAGGGUUACUUGGGGGAGGAGGUGGCCUGGGAUCGAGCAGCGAUGUCGGACACCCGUUGGGGGAUAGUGGUGGGGAAGAGAUGAAGAGCAUGGAUUAGGGCAUUCGGGUCAUUGGCGACGAACGGCGUUGACAUAUCAUAUCCUUCUCCUCCCUUUUCCAGACCCGGUCCAUGGAUUGGGAAUGAGCUUGAUCAAGUUGUUUUGGAGCAAGGAAGGAAUUUAGGACAGCGGUCUACUGGGAGUUAUGAUCGGGAAAGCAUUGCUUCUAGAUGAGCAUAUACUAUCUAUAUAUAUGCCUUGCCACUGCAUAUACGGUAAAGUGGCUGCUGCAGUGGCCCAGCUACUUUAAUUACCUUGAGCUCAUGAUUGCUGCCAUAUACUAUGGUACCCAAGCAGUCGGCAUAUGUAUCUUGAAGCGGGAAGCCCCACCUCAAAUCAAUCAAGCUGUGGCUAGGUAAGAGUAGGUACCUAAUAAUAAGCUUUUGACC